AUGUCGUCUUUCAUUCCGCUCAACGCCCUAGAGGACUACUCCUUGUCUUCAGCAGAAGAACAUACCCGGGAGCUUCAAAUCGAAGAGGGUCUGAAAAUCUUCCAAAAAGCAUUACACGCACAGCGACAGGGCAAGCUCGACGAAGCCUUUGACUUGUAUGACGCGCUAUUCAAAAUAGACGUGAUCCAUCUCGACAUUGACGACAACAAUCUGUCGCCCACAGUGGGCCGACUAAAGUACCUGGCAUACAAGAAUCAUGGCAUUUUGUUGCUGGAGCACUUGGCACACAACCUAGACGACCUCACGACCACGGAGAUCAGAGACCAACUGCAAGAUAUCCUGGUGCAGUUUGCCGACGCUUUGUUGGUGGAUGAUUCUGACGAUUCGUUUCUGAAACUCUUCAGUGAUCUGGCCCGCAUCAUCGGACUCAAACGACUGUCUCGAUUCGCUCUGGAAUGCAUAGUCAGCUCCCCGUCUCGAGUCUUCACAUUCUCCGAGAGUCUGCUCAACCACGACUUUCUCAAUCCCGAGGAGGUGGCCAUUCUACAGGAAGUGGUACUGCUGGCCAAACAAUUGCAGGACUACGUUUCCAUGGACAGCCCCAUGUACGACCUCAUGGCGUCACAAGUGGCCGAUGUCGCACCUGCCAAGAAGCCGAAGUACAUCUCUUGGAUCGAGCCCACACAGUUCAAGGCCCCUCCUCUGAAGGACCUAAAGGAGACCUGGCGCGGUAGUGAGCUUGUGGUGGAGAUCGGAGUGCCUUCGUGGCGAGGAAUUUGCAAGGGUCUACAUGACUCGCUGCAUAGACUUACGAAACGCAAAAAGGUACUCAAUGGCGUCACGAUCCGCGAUCCCUACUUGCAGAUUGGAGUGGAGAUUUCUAGUGUGCAUGGUAAACUGGUGGACGAGGAGGAUCUCGAAGAUCCUGAGGACGAUGUGGAAAUGAUGGAUAUCAUCGACAAGCCAGCAGAAGAAACGAUAGAAGUCAAGACGGAGGAAGCCCUGGAUAGCACAGUCAAGGUGGAGGAGAUCCCGGCUGAGAUCAACAUUGGGGAGGUGGAGAACAAGAGCAGCACGGAGGAGAACAAGAAGCAAGAAUCUCCUGAAAAUGGAGACAAGAAAGAAGCUAGUGGCAAUGGAAAUGGGAGCGCAGGACCACCUGUGAAGGAUACAACUGUCAAAACGGAGGAUCGAGACUCUUUGACUGUGGCUCUAGCCAUUAAGAGACCGGCUGAAGGUACAACAUCUAGCUCGCAGCCCCCCUCCAAGCGUACACGAGGACGUGGAGCCGACGAACCUGCUGAGCUGGAGAAGCAGGUUGAUCCCGGCUUCUUCAACAAUAUUACAUCGUUCGUCGGAAGUCUGGAUCUCAAGUUCCCGUUUGUUGACCUCAAUCAGCUUGACAAUGAGGAGCAAUUCUACCAGGACUUCAAGGCUGUGAUCUCCAACUGGGGCGAGCAGGGCUCCGAGCUGUUUCUGAAGCUCAGCUCUGCUCCCGAGUCGAAUUUGUCGGUUCCUGUGACUCAGAUCCUCGACUCAGCAGCUCAAGUAGACGAUGAUUACGGCGCUCCCUGCAACGUGCUAAGCAUCUCACCAGACAAAUUUCUAGAACAAAUGUCUGAGUCGUGCAGCUUGUCUGAUUUCCGAUUCAAGAUCAUCGAGGCACUGCUAGGAAACUCUUCUCUGGUUAACGAAAUCUGGCCCUCGGAACUCAUUGCCUCCGUUCAGAUCAUCCUGAACCAUUUGGAGCCACAGAUUCUUCGAGACGUUCGCCAAAUGUUCUUUGACGGCCAAACACAUUCAGAUUCGCUUAUCAAGCAGCAGCUGUACGUGGCCGAGGCUCGUUAUGAACUUGUCGCCAACGAGAUCAUUGCAGACAAGCAGCGUAUCACCGAGAACACCAGUAAGCUCACAAAGUCUGCACUUCGUGACCGAGAAUGGCACAAGAAGACCCUCCAUCAGCGUCUGUUGGCAUGGGAGUCGUGUGUCAUCACACUCUUGAGCAUGUGUAAGACUCGGCAGCUGUCUGUGACAGAGCUCGAACUAAGACACACCUGGGUGCGACUUUCCCUCAGUCAGUGCGACGAGGCGGAGAUAUCUCGAAUGCGUCAGAACUACGAGGAGUUCCAGGUUCAGCUGCUCGAUGAGGCGCCUGAUCUCAUGGUACGGUUCGUCAACUUCCCCCACAUCCAGACCCUAAGCCUGGACUCCGUGAACGGCCAGAUCUCCAAACUCAAGGUGGCCUCCACGUUUGCAAAAAUUUUCUCCCCGGAUGCUGAUGAGGAUAUCGGCACUCGAAUUGCUAUGCUGGAGUCGAUUCUCAAGGGCUCGAGUGAUACUAGUGGCGAUAGAGAGUCCCUUUCAGCUCGCGAGUUCCUACAGCACGCCUCCAUUGACUUCAAACACAAGCUGUGGUACCUGCUGUUGGAUGCCUACAACGAGUCAGGCGAGAAACGUAUCUCUGUCGAUGGGUACAUUGAGAUGCUAACUUCCCUGUCGUACGAGCUCGAAACUGCUGGAUACAGAAACAUGAACCCCAACCAACGACACACAAUCCUACUGAGAACUCUCAGUACCAUGAACGACACUGUCGGAAACCUGGCCAAGAUUUGUCGCGACACCCCAGCCCUGUUGGAAUCUGUGAGCAGAGAAAAGAUCCAUGAACUUGCACAGCUUUGUCUUUCUUUCCUGCGAUUAUUGCAAGUGUUCAACCAGUUUUACGACCGGCGAAACCCCGAGGAACCUACCCCGUUUCUGUGGGAUAAAGCGAGUGAAAAGUUCCAGACCAUGAUGGUCAAGCUAUGGACGUUCUUCUACCUUUUGUUCCGUCAGCUGACGAACGGCUUGGAUGAAAAUCUUCCCCAGACAACUAUUUCCACUCUCAACGAUAUCCUAUCUAUCGUACAUGAGGAUCUGGGUCAUCGCAAGUGCUGCAGCUUUGCCAACGGCAUCUUCGUCGAUCUAACUCUGGACGAGAUUGUGCGUAUGAAGUGGAACGAGUCCGAGGCCGAUUUGCUGCAAAACAUCCGGUGCAGAUUCGGUAUCCAGUUGGCCAACGAGCACUACCAUCCUACAGACCAUGGCGCCACACCUCGUGCUCUCAAACGUUCCGAUGGCUUGGCCUUCCAGGAUUUCAUAAUGAAUAUGGUCUAUCGCAAGCCGUCCAGUGUGCACAACAUUCGAGCUGAUCUGCGAGCGGUGAUGGACCAGCUUUAUGAGGCCAUUGGAGACCCUGACAAGAACAUUGCCUCCACCAGCCACAACAUGACUGUUCUUGGCCGGUUCACGGUGGCCCCUGUCACCUGGAAUUAUAUAGAGAACAGUCUUCGGGGUGAGUCGUUCUUACCAUUUAUGACGUCAACUGACCCGGUGCUUUCCGCCUCAACGGGAGGUUUUUACUGCGUUCAGGGAAUGUUGGCUCUUGCCAAGUUUCGACAGGGUAAGAAGGCAGCUGCUCCAGGACGAACAGAAGACCUCCAGGCAGCAGUUAAAUUCUUUACUAACGACAUUCUCUGCUGCCCCACUCGUUAUGAGUCAUGGUUCGGUAUUGCCAACGCAUACGAAAUGCUAACGGAGGACGAUCUUAUGUGGAGCGCAGAGAAGCUCGAUGUGCCCAACUCCAUUGUCAACAUCAACCAGCGCAAGGCCCUGCUGUGUGGUCUCAAUUCUGUCAAUCUCAUGCUUCAACAGCGGGACGAGAAGCCUGCGAACCCGCAGUUGCGCACCUUUUUCAACGCUGUCAUGAAGGAGUCGCAGUGGUUGUUCCUCAGCAAGCUCUUCUACUCUGCCACGGCGAACCCUCUGCACGGUGCGUCUUUCAGACAGGCAGACAACAAAAUCUUCUGUGGUAUGAAGGGUCUUUACAUGCGGCAGAAUUUGUCCCUUCCUCGUCGCAAGCAAUGUUACCAGGUUGUCCGAGCCUGUCUCACCAUCAGUAUCAACAGCAAGGACCAACCCCCGGACUGGUACUCUUAUUAUCUCCGAUCUAAGGUGUACAGCAAGCUGAAAAAGACCACCCAAGCUAUUCUCGGCGACAUUCAAAAGUCCAUUGCUGUGGCACCCGACAAGAUUAACGGAGACAUUCUUCUCGAGCCUCAUUACAAACUUGUAGCCUACCUUUACAAGGCCGUAAAGCGAGGCAAGUUGACCGCUGCAGAAGCGUACAAGGAGUUGAAGAAAACCCCCCACUUUGUCGAGUACUUGGGAGAGGAUGCUGACAUGGAGUCUGGAGACGACUCUGACUCGGACUCUGAGGUUGGCUCUGAUUCCGAAACUGAAUCUACCAAGGAGGGUCCUAUUGCAUCUGCUACUGAGCCUGCCGCUGAUACUGCUCCACCUGUUGUACCCUCUGAGGGAACUUCUGGAUCUCCAAUCUCCAUCGAUGACGCUACUCCUGUUCCUGGGCCCGUUACUGCGGUCACUGCUAUUGCCGCUCCCCCAACUGUGGCUGCUAAGCCCGAGGAGAAGAAGAAGCCUCUGACUCGCAUGGAAAUCAAGUUUUACAAGUCGUGCAUUGAGACAUUGCGUCGAAUGAAAGUGUUGGACAAGCGAAAGUGGCACCACCGGCCCCCGUUCCUGAUUGCUCGCAUCCACAAGGAGGUAUUUGAGGAUUACCGAAGUGCCAAGGAAGAGAUGGUGCCGUUCUUUAACCUCAAGAACCAAAGCAAGGCCCCCGUACACAUUUGGAAGCCCGACUUUGAGCGAGCAGGCAAGCAUUUCCAGUACGUGUUUGACUACCUCAUGUUUUUUAUUGUUCUGCUAGACAAGACCGACGACACGGACGCCAUCACUACCAUUGGCAAGAAGCUGCGUCGAUUCAACAACGGCAUGGUGAAUCAUUUCGAGGUCUGGGAGUUCACGUGUCUCACGUCCAACGUUCUGAUGAAGCGGGUUACCAGGAUCCCUGAAAAGCUGCCGGACGCCAUCAUUCCCUCAUUGCAGUUUGACAACUUUGAUCGCAUUGCGCAGGGUCUGCAGGAUAAGAUCACCAAGAGCAAGGAGCCGGCUUCGUAUCUGCUGUCUUUGCUGUACUAUGCAUCUGAGUUCAGACGGCUGAACAACGGCUUUGGAUCCACAGGUGUAGUGGAUGACACAGUUGUUUGUCUGUAUCUCAAGAUGCUCAUUGAAUACGCUGGUACUUCACUACUGGCGGACAACAAGAGCCGCUCAUCUACGCCAGUGGUUCUUGAUGGAGCCAAGUUUGAGUUUCAGCCAGGCAGUGCCCAGCCUCCUGCUCUUCCUGCUCCUGCUACUACAGCGACCACUGCUGGAAAGAAGGAAGAUGGCAAAAAAGAGAAGACGCGGGUUACUCGAAAGGAUAUUCUUCUGCGGGCCACCAAUCUCAUCAAGGCCUGCUCCAACAAGGUGGGUGAGAACAUCAAGCUCGUGACGACCAAGGGUCCUCCAGCUGUGGCCUCCAGUAAUGGUUCCUCAAGCAACAGUGGCACUCGGUCCAAUUCGGAGGAGAAAGAAAAGGAGCCCACCGAGGAGCCUGAGAAAUCUACCCAGGACUCGGAUGUAGAGAUGGCCGAUGCUAACCAAGGCAACACAGAGACCACUGUUGAGCCCGAAGCAGAAGGGGAAGCUGACAAAUCUGCGGAGGAGGACAAAUCGGACAAGUCUGCUGAGGAGGAAAAGACAGACAAGUUUGCCGAGGAGGAAAAGUCCGCAUCUGCCGAGCCGGCUGGUAAGAAUACGCCUAAGAGCAAGUCGACUGGUUCCAAUGGUGUCAUAACCAUUGAUGAAGAAUAUUCGGCACCUGAAUAA